UUCCGCUUCCGCCGGUAGGCGGCCGUACACGGUUCUAGUCUCUCUAGCGUCCCCGCUCUAUGGUUUUGGGCCGUCAAGUCUCCUCCUCUCUAUGGUACCAGCCCUGCGUCGCCGGGAGGCUGCGGUAGAGCCCGCGGAGGUCAGGUCGUGCCCGCCAGGGACCCAGCGCCGGCCAUGCCCGCCCGGAGCCCUGCGGGGGCAGCCGGGCACCCAGGAAGCCACGUAACUGACAGAGCAAUGGGAGAGACAGUCAUACACGUAUUAAUGUGAUCUUACUGCAGCACAGUGAGUUCUGCUGGAGGUCAGCGGAUGAAGCUGAAGAUUAAAUCGGAAGGCUUAUUUUAGCAGAAUGAGAUACCAGAUAACUGCAUAUUGAAUCUUUCAGGGCUAAAGAAAACUUGCUGUCCUUACAAUACCUUUGAGAAACUAUUGAAGUUUUAGGAAAAUGACCUAAGAACCGUUUUGACAGAGUUUAAGCUGUUCAGCAAGGGGCGCUCUAAUGGAUGACGGAGAAUUUCCUACAAAUGAUCAACUGAUAGACUUAAAGGACAGACUUCAUGCUGGUGACAGUGUGGGAAAUGUGGGAACUUGUUUGGCUUCUUCAUCUGAUGAAAAUGAAAAUCAACUUGAUGGUGACAGGAGUGAGGUCCUGACCAGCAGUGACAGUGCAAUGGGAAUGCAUGAAAAGGUUGAGCAGGACAAUAUCAAUAAUAAUGAAAAUGUGGACAGUGGAGACUGUACACCAAGCUGCAAAGAAGUUGAGACUGAGAAGAACUCUGAAAGUUUCCAUAUGGACAUUCAUAGAGAGGAAAACCCUGUUCUAGAAAAAUGGACAGAUGGAAAAAGAAGUCCAACUUGCAAAAAAGACUCCGUUAGAAAAUCUACAGGAGUUCCUUCAGUGGACACAACAGCACUCAGGAAAGAGAAUGCUCUCCUUAAAGCUACAGACUCAGUUCAUGAUGAAGAUGCUGAUGAGACAAAUGUGAACUAUCAGCAAAAGCAACAAAAACAGACUUUGCAGUCCCUUUUUUCCAUGCUUCGAGAAGAAUUUGAGCAGAUGGACUCGAGGAUACUCCCUCUGUGUCUCCAUCAGAUAGCUGAAGCCUAUUUUCAGGAGGAGGAAUAUGAGAAGGCAAUGAAGUUCAUUCAGCUCGAACGACUAUAUCAUGAGCAGCUACUUGCAAAUCUUUCUUCCAUUCAGGAGCAGUGGGAAACAAAGUGGAAAACAGCAGUGCCCAAUACAGUUACGACUCUGAGGAAUUCAGCUAAAGGACUUAACAAUGAAGAGUUAGAAAAUCUUGCUAAACUUUGUACAUCACAUCAAGAGCCACUUGUAUCCAAACACAAGCUAGUAACUACUGAAAAGUCCUUGGGAGGUAAUCGUUUUGUACAAUUAAUGGGAUCAGAAGAUUUAAAAGAAAGAGGGGCUGCUGCUUGUGAUUCAGAUACUGAAACUCGGCCUGGCACUGAACCAAGAAAAGAAAAUCAGCACAGAGAGAGACAGAUGAGUCAGAGCUCCCUGUGUGAUAGUAAAACUGAUAGGCUUACAGAAGCAGCAAGUUUUCAAGUAACUGCAGGGAAGGACCACAUGGAGGAGCAGCACUGCAGUGCUGAAUCAACACUGGAGCCACACACCCAGUCUAUAGGGACAGUGUGCAGGCCUUGUUCUGACUGUUUAUCAUCUGGGGAUGCUGGUAAAGAUAACAGUUUGCAGCCGAGAGAGAGGCAGUUCUCUAAGGAUGUGGCAAAAAUAGAAGACGUGGCUAAGCAGCCUGGAGUGGAACUCUCUGGUGAGCCAAUGGUAGACACCUUAGGUUUAACGGACGCUGAUUAUAUCCCUUCUGAUUUGAUUUCUAAAGAUGAAAAUGUACAAGCUGAAAGAAAUGUUCUCAGAUCAAAACACCGUGCAGGCUCUACUGAGACUGCCAGAAGCCAGCUAGGAAAUAGUGCAUUAAACCAGCAGCAGCAGAAGCCUGGUUUAGAUGAGGAUGGAAAAUCCCCACAGGACAGAACUGCAUCAAACAUUUGUGAAAACAUGUGUUAUGGAAGUAACAACGCACCUGAACAUAUCAGUCCUGCACAUCCAAAAGUAUUCAAGAGACUGCAGGAGAUGGCAAGGCAGCAGGAGGAGGAGGUAAAUAAUGACGAACCGGAAGAUUUUUUUGGCAGAUUCUUAAAUGGUAGCAUAAAAGACACUGAAGAAUCCCUUGCAAAUUUAGAAAACCAAGAGGACUCUGAAACUCUCCCAGAUAUUCCACUGGAACAAGCAUCAUACAUUUCAACAGAAGCUUUAUUAUUAGAUGACAGCUUUUCUUCGCUCGAUGAACUUGCAAAAAGGAUAGAGAUUGCAGAGGUUGUCCCGGCAGAGGGACUGGUGUCCAUCCUAAAGAAGAGAGAUGACAGUGAAGGAAAGACACUUGCUCAAAUCCAGCAGAGAAAUCCAAAGAGAAGAGUGAGAUUCCAAGAAAUGGAAGACACCUUGGAUCAAGAUGAAGUUGGUGGCGGCUCCUGUGUUUUGCUGAUCCUGUUGUGCAUAGCAACUGUUUUCCUUAGUGUUGGAGGAACUGCACUGUACUGCACCUUUGGUGACAUGGAAUCCCCUGUAUGUACUGACUUUGCAGCCAACAUGGACUUUUACUAUACCCAGAUAUUGCAGGGUGUGGAGGAACUUAAACACUGGGUAGCCUUCACAUAGUUGAAAUGAGCAGGGACAACACACUGACAGCUUACCAAUGAUUAACAGAGAGGUUAAAAAAAAAUGGUGAUUUCAAGUUUUCUGUAAUAUGUGCCACCUUCAGGUGAGGUACAGCUGAUGACAUAAACCUAACCUUUAAAUACCGGUUGAGAAGAACUGUCUAAUCUAGUAAUCAGGUGGGUAGAAAUCAAGUGUGGAGCAGGAGAAUAAUAAGCAAAAUGUCAUUGCCUUCACCUUCUGAAACCAAGCAAACAGCCAUUCAACGUCUUGGGAAGUGAAGAAGAUAGAAAACUGAUUAGCCUCUACACAGUCUCCCAUUGCCACACAUUCUAAGCAAUCUUUGCAAUCUUAAUGAAAAGACAAUUUUGAUUUACAGCUGUUUGCACGAAAGUGUUGCCUCCAGCUAUCAUGCAAUAAGUCUGUGUUUUAUGAAAAUGUUUCCUUAUUUUUCUUUUAAGUCUUAAUGUAUUUUUUUCAUUUUAAAUGUCCUGGUGAGCUGUUUAAUUAUGGGUGGAGUGAGUAGAAUGCAUUGGCAUUUGCAGUGCCCUCAUACUAUGUUAGUUAAAUGGAUUGGCCUUAUGUCUUCUAAGUGUGUGGCAGUUGUCAUGAGUGGGUUAAAUCUGAAGGCAGCUUUGCCAGAUUCUCUGGAAUUUUAUUCCCAAAAUUGGGUGGACAGUGUUGGAAAUGUGUGGGAUUUUUUAAAAAGAAAAUUCACUCCCAGCACACAAUACUAAGUGUAGGAAAUUAUUCUUACUAAUAAUAGUAAAGCUGCUUGGGCCAUUGAAAGGGGCAUGGGACUAGGAGUCAGGAUACAUGGGUUCUCUUUCCAGCUUUACUACUCACUUGCAGUGACUUCUCUGCCUCAGUUUCCCCCGCUGUAAAAUGGCGAUAAUGAUCUUUGUCCUCCUCUGUAAAAUGCUUUAAGAUCUACAGAUCGAGAAUGGUAUAGAACUGUCUGGUGUUAUUUAUAAGUGCAAAAUGUCCAGAGGUUUUGUCCAAUCUGGCAUACAGCCAAGACCAGCUGCAAAGUUCAGAGCCAAACUUCUCCAGAUUUCCACCUCUGAGCUUUACUGAGUCAUUUUGAAUAAAAUUGACUCUAUUACACCAAGUCUUGUUCUCAGGGGAAAAUCCUCUCUAUCUCUGUGACAUUUUCUUUCACCCUGAGAUCUUUCAACUCCCUCAUAUAUUCCUAUCACUCUUUUUUCAUGGAGAUCUACUCCCCCUAGAUUUUUCUCUUCUUUUCCUGUCCAGAUCCAUGUUGAGGGGAAAAAACAAAUAACCAAAAAAUAUUUUGAGAAUAUAUAGAUAUUUUCAUUUUUAAAACUUGCAGUAUUAUUUAUAUGAGAGAUCCCUUCUUAUUAAUUCAUCACCCAAACCACAGUAUAUUAACAUGUGAGCUGAAAGUUUCCACUAAAACUAUCACCAGUGAAAUAGUUUAAAAUUGUGAUAUUUUAGUCCAUUAGGGUUCAUUUUGAACGCAUGAUAAAGAUGAACAGAGCAGUUCAUACCUCUCCAUAUUAAUUUUUAGUCUCCUUCUGUCUGCAGACUUGGGAAAGCAGAAUUGUGAUAAUUUACAUUAAAAAAGGUAACGCUGCAAUGAGGGCUCGCAACAUAAUCUAAAAAAAAAAAUCUUAAAUUUCCAUGUUUUAGAUGUUUCCAAUGUGUUCUAUGGAAGAGCCCCCAGUGUUGCACUGUAUCACGUGUAUCAGUCAGGAGAAAAUAUCUGAACUCAGGGCCAAAUCCUUAGCUGCUUUUUACACACCUUCAGAAGGGCCAAAAGAGGAUACUGUUCAGAGACCCAAGAGUCUUGGAGAACCCAUUCAGUAGGAUUCCACAGGUAACAUUGUCAAAAAUAACUAAAUCCCAUUUUCAAAUGUGAUUUAGGCACUUGGGAUUAAGUCAAUGGCAAAUUUCCCGUUGACUUCAAUGGAAAGGAGCAGGCUUUUGGAGCCUAGGUCUCACUAAAAGUCAAUGGGACAUAGGCUCCAAGUGCCUAAGUUGCUUUUGAAAACAGGACUUGGGCAUCUCAGACACUUGAUGCGUUAGAAAAUUUUACUCUAAAUGGCAUUAUGCAAUACAGGGGUCACCACAACAGAAGUGGCUGAAAUCCUGGCUCCACUUAAGUCAAUGGCAGGAUUUCACCCGUGGUACUAACUCCCCAUGGGAUGGGGAUAUAUACGAGGCAUCGUCUGAGGACCUGUGUUAUUAUAACAUGGCAUAAGUGGAGAGCAGCCAUCUGUAGCAGUUCAUGCUAUCUUUAUUUGACAGUAACUGGAAGUGACCCAGCUGUGCAGGUGCCCCAGGUCACAUGGUUUGCAGUCACAGAUGAGGAUUUCCUCAUAGUUCCUUCAGGCAAAGCAGUUUUUACUCUGGCUUUGCUCCCAGGACUGAGAUGUGAGUCGCUAGAUAUACCUUGUUGUUUUUCAAUCUGUGCAGAAACAAAUUUACUUUUAAAUUGUAAUAAUGCAUUAUUUUAAAUGAACUGCCGUUUUUAGCUGGUGCACGGUGCUUCGUCUAUAUAGGGGAGAGAGACACUGACAAGAUAGCAAAAGGCAAAGUUGGAUUGUAGGCCCUUUGCCCUAACCGUGGCCAGAAUAUGGCAGCUGCUUCUGCUAAUGGCAUAAUGGACUAGCCAGUGGAGGAGUCCUGAGGUGAGUGUUAGUAUGAAAUGAUUCUCAGGAUACAGUAUGCUUGGGGGAUCCAAUUCACUCCACCCAAUAUUUUAAAUGCUUACUAGGGUUGUAUGAUGGAGUAUGUCCAGGUUUAGGCAUUUACUGUAUAAAGUAACAUGAAGUGAAAUCAUCAAGAUAUCACUCAGAAUUAGAACGUGAUCAUGCUUGCUUGCAUUUGCAGGUGGAUUGUCCCUCUAGUAAGUUUGACUAUUCCUAAUGUACUCUCAUGCUUAAGUGUUUUGUUUUUAAGUGAAAGUUGAAAUCACUAUUUUCCAGAAAAAAUUGCAUGUGUGGUUUUUGUUUUUAAGUACCCCAUCUAUGAGGCUCGGCUGACUUACACCUUAGGAAGCCUCAUUUGCAGCUUUAUAUUAUAACUAGCAAUUUAAAAUGUCUAGAUUAAUGCAAAACUUUUGCUUUCUAAAUGAAAUAUGAGAACAAUAAUUUCUUUUUUUCCCCAAGAAGGGCCUUCUGUUUUACAGUAUUGUAAUGCUGGGUUAAUCUAAAAAGAGAAAGGAACAGUCACUUUUAUAUCCUAAAGUGUACUGGCUGGAUCAGUACAUCACUUUAUGUCUGGGUUUAUUUAUUUAAUUCCAAUUGAUUUUAAAGAAAUUCUCUUAUUUUCCUAGGUUUUUUGUUUGUUUGUUUUUUUUUGUAAACUGCUGAUGGAGUGUUGAUAAGCAUGCAUUCAGUUGUUACAGAGCUGCAUUUAUAAUUACUGUGCUGUUAGCGUGUUUUUGAGUUUGUGUAUCUUUGUAUUCACUGUUUAAGCAUAUUAAGUUUGUUUUAAAGCACCAACUGUUCAUUUCAACUCUUAAAAAAACCAAUAACCUAGUUUAAAUGUCUGUGCACCCAGCCACCAAAAACUUCAAGAGUUAGAGCUAAAAAUAUUUAUUUAAAAGUAUAUCAGAUACAGAGAUCAAAGAUCCUUAUACUUUAGGUUCAUAUUAUUACAAAACUAUUUUAAAGCUGUACUAUUGUAAAUAUUAAAGAGCUAAAAGACAAGGUAAUUUUAAAAAGCAGCUCACUUUGCACUUGCUGGCCCAGACCCUGCACUGUGCCUGGAUGCUUUGUGCCGCAUUGCCAGUGCAAAGCCACUCCAGAGUUGGUAUAACUGGCCACAGGAGGAU